AUGUCUGACGUCGCCGAAACCAAGCCCGACCCCACCACCAACGCUCCUGAGGGGUCCUCUGAGGCCGCCGCCGUUGCGGAAGAGACUCCCAAGACGGAGGAGACCAAGUCCGUGACGGAGACGGUCGUGGAGGCAGCCAAGGACUCUGUGAACAAGACUACUGACAACGUCUUCUCCAUGUUCGGCGGUGGCCCCAAGAAGGAGAAGAAGGAGACGGAGGAUGCCGUGAACGAGCCAUCUGGCUCUUCCAAGGCGCAGAAGGCUGAGGGCGAUGAGGAGGAAGCUCCUGAAUCCCCCGAAGUCCACUUCGAGCCCGUCAUCCAUCUUACCGAGAAAGUCGAGACCAAGACCAACGAGGAGCUCGAGGAGCAGACCUUCAAGAUGCGGGCCAAGCUUUUCCGCUUCGACCGCGAUUCCAAGGAGUGGAAGGAGCGUGGCACUGGUGACGUGAGACUGUUGAAGCACAAGGAGAACCAGAAGACCCGUCUGGUCAUGCGCAGAGACAAGACCCUCAAGGUUUGCGCAAACCACUACAUUGUUCCGGACAUGAAGCUGGCCCCCAACGUUGGUAGUGACCGCAGUUGGGUGUGGAACGCUGCCGCGGACGUGAGCGAGGGUGAACCUGAGGCUUCUACUCUUGCCAUUCGUUUCGCCAACAGUGAGAAUGCCAACCUCUUCAAGGAAGCAUUCGAGAAAGCUCAGCAGGCGAACCAGAAGCUUUUUGAACAGGAGCAUUGGUUUGAAUUUGUAGAAAGAGACUACUAUACUAACCACUAUGCCAGCCAGGUAUCCGUUGCAACCCAGCCAGAUCUCACGAAAGUUCCGCCCGCCCUUGCAAGCCAAGUGGCCAAGAUGCCUGAUGUCAAGAGAACAGUCCGGCUGGUGACCGAGCAGCAUGUCAUAAACAAGGACUCUGGAGUCGAGGGUUUCCCGCUGCGGUCAUGGUCUAUUGAGAUCUAUGUCUUGAACGAACAUGGCGAGCAAGUGCCUGCUACUGUGUUCAGCAAGGUGACUUAUAGCUUACACCCUAGCUUUGGCGACAAGGCUAUUCAAACCUUCAAGAACCCUCCGUUUCGAAUUCAAGAAGAAGGAUGGGGUGAAUUCGACAUGCAGAUCUCUCUCACGGCUGAUAAGGAGCACUCUGUCACCCAUGACUUGAACUUUGCGCUACCACGCUACGAGUCCAAGCACGUCAUUACAUUCAAAAACCCCAAGCCUGCCUUACUCGCCCUCCUGCGAGAAUCGGGCCCGGUCCCCGGCGAUGAGAACGGGGUCAAGUCGAAACGCGCCGCCGGGGGCGAGGAGAGCGCCAAGAAGAAAAAGAAGGUUGAUAUGGAUAAGCUGGCGGACGGUCUGCAGAAACUGGGCGAAGAUGAUCUCCUCCAGGUGGUCCAGAUGGUACAUGAUCACAAAGCUCCGGACUCGUACACCAAGAACGAUGUUGAGCAGGGCGAGUUCCAUGUAGAUCUUUAUACCCUACCUGACAGUCUGAUUAAGAUGUUAUGGGAUUUCACGCAAGAGAAGGGUGCUCUUUAG